ACAUAGAUUACAGAACGUGGAUUUAAAUGUCAGAAUUAAAAUAAUAUGGAAAAUUGUACAGAAAAGAUUUAAUAUAAAAAAGAAAAAAUCCAGAUUAUUGAGUGAUCAUUCAAGGUUACUACAAAUUUCUGACGGAGAUUGCACGUACAUGAUUUUUGUAGCCAAGUAGGGUUUUAUCAAGACUGCUAUCAUAUCUUGAGAAGAUGUGUUCCGCUUUAUCUGCUGUGAUAAGAUAGUCAUUGCUUGUGGGAAGUCUAGCAGACUUAUAAAUUAGUGAAGCUGCUUCCAUGGCACAAAUCAUGGAUUUUCAGCCUACAGAGCAUCAGCAUGUACGCUUUAAUCCUCUCAGGGGAGACUGGGUGUUAGUCUCUCCUCAUCGUAUGAAAAGACCUUGGGCAGGUCAGGUGGAGAAGCCAGCUGAAGAAGAGAUCCCAAUCCACGAUCCCAAGAAUCCCCUUUGUCCGAGAGUUACCCGUCCCAAUGGUGAGGACAAUCCUGACUACACAGGAACCUUUGUCUUCACAAAUGACUUCCCAGCAUUACUGGAAGAUGUACCGUCACCACCAGAGAGUGAUGAUCCGUUGUUUCGUGCAGCUCCUGCAAAGGGAACCUGUCGAGUCAUGUGUUUCCAUCCACACACUAAUUUGACUAUACCCUUAAUGUCAGUUGAAGAAAUACGGACUGUUAUAGACAGGUGGCUGACUGAGUUGAUUGAUCUAGGCAAAAAGUAUUUAUGGGUCCAAAUUUUUGAAAACAAAGGAGCCAUUAUGGGAUGUUCCAAUCCACAUCCCCAUUGUCAGAUAUGGGCUUCAUCUUUCAUGCCUAAUGAGCCUAAGCUGAAAGAAGUUAACCAGUUGAAGUAUUACAGAGAACAUGGUCGGCCAAUGUUGAUGGAUUAUGUCCACAGGGAGCUGGAGAAAAAGGAACGCAUAGUUGUGACAAACGAUCAUUGGGUUGCUCUCAUUCCAUACUGGGCUGUUUGGCCUUAUGAAAUGAUGGUCUUGCCUCGUCGCCACAUUGUUCGAAUGACACAGAUGACAGAUCAAGAAAAGGAUGCUCUGGCAGACAUAAUGAAAAGAUUGACAACAAAAUAUGAUAAUCUCUUCAGCUGUUCAUUUCCCUAUUCAAUGGGAUGGCAUGGAGCUCCUACAGGGCCACAGAUUGAAGAUGAAGCAAGUCACUGGGUAUUCCAUGGCUGUUAUUACCCACCUUUGUUACGUUCUGCAACCAUUAAGAAGUUCAUGGUUGGAUAUGAGAUGUUGGCUCAAGCACAGCGUGAUCUGACGGCAGAGCAGGCUGCUCAAAAAUUACGGGAAUUGUCGGAAGUUCAUUAUAAAGAGAGGAAGUAAACCAUGUUUUUGCCUCUGUUUA